CCAGGAGGCGGGCGGCGACAGUGACGGAAGAGGGCGUGGCUAGCGCCGGAAGUUGCGCCGUAAGAGGGAAAACAACAUGGCGCUGAGCGCGGCAGGUCACGAGGACGCCGAAUGGCAGCCGCCUUCCGAGGCCGAGCUGAAGGUGAUCCAGGCCCGGCGCGAGCGGCAGGACAAGAUCAGCAAGCUGAUGAGCGAGUACCUGCUGAAGGGCUACCGGAUGCUGGGCGAGUGCUGCGACGAGUGCGGGACCAUUUUGCUACAAGAUAAGCAGAAGAAAUUGUACUGCGUCGCCUGCCAAGAGCUUAAUUCUGAUGUGGACAAGGACAAUCCAGCGCUCAAUGCCCAAGCAGCCCUUUCCCAAGUGCGGGAGCGCCAGCUUGCUGCCAACACAGAUGAAAUGGCGUCGCGCCCGGAGCAUUGCGAAGGGGCAGCUUUGGGUCUCCGGUCAAAUGCUAACCCUGACCCAGCCCUCCCGGCGUCCACUGCUGCCCCUAAUGCCCCCUUGGCACGCAGCACCCUGGCUGCAGCAGAAGAGACCAUUCUACAGAAGAUCGACUGGGCAAGCCAGCAUCUCCAAGAAACUACCUCUGUCGAGAGGAGCAUCCAGUUUUGUGCACUCAUCCGGGCCUGCACGGAUGCUCUCAAGGGCAUCAGGGAGCUGCCACAGUGAGGAUGCCCCGGCUUGUAACGGCAGUGCCAGGCCUGGCAUGGAGUGUAGGCCAUGCCUGGGGUGCCAAAGGAUUUCCCCACCACCACCACCAUUCAUCAUAAGGGCUGGGUGAUUUCAAUAUGACUGGGCUCUCCAUCCUGAUUAAAAUGUGAGCUUUUUUCCCCACCCCCUUAUACAAAUUGUCCUGAUGUUUGAGGAAUGUUUCAGAGGAUUUGCACGCACUGAUCUAUCUAACCCGGGACAAAGUAAGGAUAGAUAAAAGGGUUAAACUGGUUUGGGGAAAGGUUAUGUUGGGGUUAGCAACCAUCUUAGGCACUGAAUUUGGGGCUCCUCUACACCCUUCAGCUUAAAUCCGUUCACCAUCCCGCUUGCCAGAUCCAAAGAUUUGAGGUUAUCAGGACCUCCGUUGUGUUGUGGUGUAUUUUUUUUUUGUGAAGCAUUAAACGUUUCAAAUUUCAAGGCACAAGA